AUCAAACAAAUAGCAGCUCACCGAAUAUUUUCAAAGAAUCGAUUUAACCAAAUCGACGGAGGUAUCAGCUUCAGACGAAAGCGGCCGUUGCACGCUACGUCUCUUUCUCUCUCUAUUAAUCCUCUUUCUUCCUCCGAAAACAAAAGCCCUAUUUACCAUAAAUAUACAUAUAUAUAUAUAUAUAUAUUUACAUACUGAUACAGAUAUCUUAUUAUUGAGAGAGAGAGGCUCCCUCGUUGCAUCAGUUGCAUUUCAUGGGUAUUGUAUUUUUAGAGAGAGAGAGAGAGAGAGUAGAGUAGGUAGAGAGCAACGUCAACAACGUCUACGCUUUAAAGAUACUACUAACAAACAGAGUAGUGACGGACUAGAGAGACAAUUCUGCGAUCUCCGCUGCUAUCUGGUUACCUUCAUUGUACGAAUGCGGCUUCUUUCACGAAGUACUGCAAAAUUGAAUUGUACGUGUACGACAUACAAUGACAGGAGAAGUAGGUUUGAUUCAAGAAGAUGAAUGGACGAAAAGAUCUGAUCUCGAGAUCUCUGAGGAUGAGAAGAGGAUAACUCGGAUUAGAUCUUUGAAGAAAAAGGCAAUGAAUGCUUCAACGAGACUUACACAUACCCUCAGGAAACGACAUAAUCGGAUUGCUAAUUGUCGUUUCGCCUCAAUUUCGAUUGAAGAUGUUCGAGAUGAGGAGGAGGAGGAGGCUGUGAAUGCGUUUCGUCAGGCCUUGAUUGCAAUAGAUAUGCUUCCAGCUCGCCAUGAUGACUACCAUACUAUGCUGAGAUUCUUGAAGGCAAGGAAGUUUGACCUUGACAAAACAGUCCAGAUGUGGGCAGAAAUGCUCAACUGGAGGAAGGAGUAUGGAGUAGACUCUAUAAUACAGGACUUCACUUAUGAUGAAUAUGAAGAAGUUCAACGCUAUUAUCCUCAUGCAUACCAUGGUGUAGACAAAGAUGGACGGCCAGUUUAUAUUGAAAGACUUGGCAAAGUUGAACCUAGUAAGCUUAUGAGUGUAACCACAGUGGACAGGUUCUUAAAAUACCAUGUGCAGGGGUUUGAGAAGACUUUUGCUGUAAAGCUUUCUGCGUGUUCAAUUAAAGCCAAGAGGCAUAUAGAUUCUACAACAACGAUAUUGGAUGUGCAAGGGGUGAACUGGUUGAGUUUUGGCAAGGUUGCACAUGAUCUAGUUUUGCGCAUGCAGAAGAUAGAUGGUGACAACUAUCCUGAGACAUUACAUCAGAUGUUCAUUGUAAAUGCUGGUUAUGGAUUCAAGUUUGCAUGGAACUCUGUAAAAGGCUGGCUUGAUCCAAGGACGACGUCAAAGAUACAUGUUCUUGGCAACAAAUUCCGGAACAAGUUGUUGGAAGCUAUAGAUUCAAGCCAGCUGCCAGAUUUUCUUGGUGGAACCUGCUCCUGCCCAAACGAAGGUGGGUGUCUUCGAUCUAACAAGGGGCCCUGGAAUGAUUCAGAAUUGAUGAAACUGGUGCGUAUUGGUGAAGCAAUGCCUUCGAGGAUAAUUACUAGUUUUUCUGAUGGUGAUGAUUUAGAAGUUAAACCAUUUGCUUCGCAGGUUCCCAGCACCAAAAUAGUUUCUGCUAAGCCAGGAUUGGAUGUAGGAUUGUGUACUUUUGGUGCAGGGCAACCAGUAGUGCCUCGAGUCGGAGAAAGGAUGGAUCCUGCUUUUAUCUACAGCCUAGUUGAACCAGUUGGUUGUGGGGCCUGUGUUGAAGAUGCUUAUUCAACAGAUGAUAUAGCCAGUAAUCUUACGGAAAGGCGGCCGCCGAAGAAAUUCAUUACAACUUUAUUGAUGGACUCCAUAUUCAAAUUAUUAUUAUGUAUACAUCUUUUAGUCCCAGGUCUGUGGAGAAUUUUGGUUGGGAAUAGUGCAGACAAGCAGUUUGAGAAGCAGAGCAAACCUGACUUGACAAAUUCAAGUUCUCAAGAACAAUGUAUUUCACAGACUAAAGAAGAGGACUUACUUUAUCCAUGUCGGCAGAGGUUGCAACAUUUAGAAGCAUUGGUAACUGAGCUGUCCAACAAGCCUACACGAAUUCCUCCAGAGAAAGAUGACAUGCUUCUCGAGUCUUUGAAUCGUAUAAAAUCCAUAGAGUAUGACUUGCAAAAGACUAAAAAAGCACUAUUUGCUACUGCAUCACAACAAGUGGAGCUUGCCAAGUCACUGGAAACUUUAGGGGAGAACAGCGUAAAUGGAACUAACUCCUGUUGGAAGAGAAGUUGCAACUCCAGUUCCCAUGGAAGAUGACCACCAAAUUUUCAGCGACGAAAUGGGCAGAAAUUUUCAUUUGAGCAUCUCUUAAAUACACACAAUGCCUGGCCUCUUAAUCUUCAUCCCAAAUUUUUACACACACAAUUUUGCCGAAGUUAGUGAAGACAGAUUGGCACUUUAGGUUCUCGGCAUGCCGGUUGAAGGUGUUUGCCAUGAGAGCUAGAACUCUGGAUUCUUCUCUCUGAAAGAUGUUAGCAGUGAGUGUGAUUUGCUACUCAAAAAAUUCCUAUUGUGUGGAAAUAUGAUACUUGACCUGUGUAAUAUACAACCCUGUCGAUCGAUCCUGAGUGUAUUCCCCCAUCAUUCAAUGAUUCAAAUCAGAUUGUUAGGCCAGUGUAAAUAAAAUAUCUGAGAAUGCUUUGAUUAUUUCUAUGUAUUAUUUCCUCCGAAUACUAUCGACAGGUAACAUUUACCUUACCGGGAAAAAAAAAAACUACGAAGAAAAAUGAAUACCUGAAAAUUUAUCCAAGUAUUCUUCCUUUUUUAAUUGUAGCACUUGGUAACAUGGUGUUUGUUCCAGAUUUCCUUUACAACUCGAGGACGGAUUCCCCUGCCUUUAGUAUUGAUAUUAUAUUUAUUGUUUGUUAUCAAUUUCAUGUUCUUAGUAGGUUACUACUACUAAUAGAAAAAUGGAGAUUUACUUCAUUUUUCUAGUAGGCUUUUUAUGCUUUGGGUAAUGGAUUUGUGUGGCCAACAGCUAGCAAAUGCUUGUGAUUCAACGAUAAUUACACUCCUACAGAGAACUGAAAACAAGACCAAAGACUUUACCCCCCCCCCCCCCCC